CGGGCGCGCAGCGCGACCGGGACCCGCGGCGGCUCCGGCCAUGGGCGCGCCGGGGCGGUGCUAGGCCGGCGCGGGCGGCGGGAGCGGUGCGGCGCCUUAGCGCCUCAGCCUCGCGAGCUCUUCCCCGGCGGCGGCAUGAGCGCGAGCGGCGCGGCGCCCAGUCCGGGCUCCUCCCCGGCAGCCUGCCGCUUCGCGCAUUACUUCGUGCUGUGCGGCGUCGACGCGGACAGCGGGCUGGAGCCCGACGAGCUGGCGGUUUUGUACCAAUGGCUAGAAGCAGAUCGUCAUGGCAAGAGCCAAGAUGCUGCCAAUUCGACUUCAGGUGAAAAUUUUGACCAGAGCCCUUUGAGAAGAACGUUCAGAUCCAAAGUUCUGGCCCAUUACCCUCAGAACAUAGAGUGGAACCCUUUUGAUCGAGAUGCAGUGAACAUGCUAUGCAUGCCUAAAGGGCUGUCAUUCAGGACACAGAACGACAAUAGAGACCCUCAUUUCCACUCGUUCAUAAUUACUCGGGAGGAUGGCUCUCGCACCUAUGGCUUCGUCCUCACUUUCUUUGAAGAGGUUACCAGCAAGCAGAUCUGCACAGCCAUGCAGACACUGUACCAGAUGCACCACGCAGAGCGUUGUGGCAGCGUGUGUGCAUCCUCCUCCUGCAGCAUGGACUCGCUCUCCAGCAGCGCUGAUGAGGCUGACGCCACCUCUCUCCUGAAGCUUCAACGCUACAAUUCCUAUGACAUCAACAGAGACACCUUGUAUGUUUCAAAAAGUAUCUGCCUCAUCACUCCGCUCCCAUUCAUGCAGGCCUGCAAGAAGUUCCUCAUGCAGCUUCACAAAGCAGUCACCUCGCAACAGCCGCCCCCCUUACCACUGGAAAGCUAUAUCCACAAUAUUCUUUAUGAGGUACCCCUUCCACCUCCAGGACGUUCACUGAAGUUUUAUGGUGUUUAUGAACCUGUUGUCUGCCAGAGGCCUGGGCCCAAUGAACUCCCCCUCUCUGACUACCCACUCCGAGAGGCCUUCGAGCUCUUGGGACUGGAGAACCUAGUGCAGGUGUUCACUUGUGUUCUGUUGGAAAUGCAGAUCCUUCUCUACUCACAAGAUUAUCAGCGCCUGAUGACAGUGGCAGAAGGCAUCACCACACUCUUGUUCCCGUUUCAGUGGCAGCAUGUAUAUGUUCCCAUCCUCCCUGCUUCCCUGCUGCAUUUCCUUGAUGCUCCUGUCCCAUAUCUGAUGGGCCUUCAGUCAAAAGAAGGAACCGACCGCUCUAAACUAGAGCUUCCUCAAGAGGCUAAUUUGUGUUUUGUGGAUAUUGACAACCAUUUUAUUGAAUUGCCUGAAGAAUUUCCACAGUUCCCCAAUAGAGUGGAUUUCAUCCAGGAACUCUCUGAGGUCCUCCUUCAGUUUGGGAUUCCACCUGAGGGCAGCCUACAUUGCAGUGAGAGUGCCACCAAGCUGAAGAACCUGGUGCUGAAGGAUUUGGUCAAUGACAAAAAGAACGGCAAUGUCUCUACCGGCAACAUCAGUAUGUAUGAGCUACUGAAAGGCAACGAAACCAUUGCUCGCCUGCAGGCCCUGGCCAAGCGCACUGGAGUGACUGUGGAAAAGAUGGACCUCUCCACUUCCCUGGCUGAGAGGGACAAGGACCUGAAACUGCAGUGUGAGGAGGCUGAACUCAGGGACUACCAGCUAAAUGUGCAGCUGCGGGAAGUCUUCGCUAGCCGCUUUACACAGAUGUUUGCAGAUUAUGAAGCAUUUGUGAUUCAGACCGCACAGGACAUGGAGUCCUGGCUGACCAACCGGGAGCAGAUGCAGAACUUCGACAAAGCUUCUUUCCUGUCUGAUCAGCCUGAGCCUUACCUGCCAUUUCUUUCACGCUUCAUUGAAACACAGAUGUUUGCCACCUUUAUUGAUAAUAAAAUUAUGUCUCAGUGGGAAGAGAAAGACCCUUUGCUUCGGGUCUUUGAUUCUCGGAUUGAGAAGAUAAGAUUGUACAAUGUAAGGGCACCCACCUUGAGGACAUCUAUAUAUCAGAAAUGCAGCACUUUAAAAGAAGCAGCCCAAUCCAUUGAGCAGAGACUGAUGAAAAUGGAUCACACUGCAAUCCAUCCACAUCUGCUAGACAUGAAAAUUGGUCAAGGCAAAUAUGAGCAAGGAUUCUUUCCAAAGUUACAGUCCGAAGUCUUGGCAACAGGACCCACCAAUAACAACCGCUGGGUGAGCCGGAGUGCCACGGCGCAGCGCAGGAAGGAGCGCCUGCGACAGCACUCGGAGCACGUUGGCCUGGAUGGAGACCUGCGGGAGAAAUAUAUGCAAGAGGCACGAAGUUUAGGAAAAAACCUGCGGCAACCCAAGCUGUCAGAUCUCUCUCCUGCAGUGAUUGCCCAGACCAACUCAAAAUUCGUGGAAGGUUUGUUGAAGGAGUGCAGGAUGAAGACCAAACGCAUGCUGGUGGAGAAGAUGGGCCAUGAGGCCGUGGAGCUGGGCCACGGGGAGGCAAACAUCACUGGUCUGGAGGAGAACACCCUGAUCGCCAGCCUCUGUGACCUGCUGGAGAGGAUAUGGAGCCAUGGUUUGCAGGUCAAGCAGGGGAAGUCGGCUUUGUGGUCACAUUUAAUCCAGUUUCAGGACAGAGAGGAGAAACAGGAGCACCUUGCAGAAUCGCCAGUUGCCCUCGGACCAGAAAGAAGAAAAUCCGACUCAGGAAUUAUGUUACCAACACUCAGGGUCUCUCUUAUCCAAGACAUGAGGCACAUUCAGAACAUGAGCGAGAUCAAGACGGAUGUCGGGCGAGCUCGAGCAUGGAUCAGGCUGUCUCUGGAAAAGAAGCUUCUGUCUCAGCACCUCAAGCAGCUGCUCUCCAACCAGCCACUCACCAAGAAGCUAUACAAGCGCUAUGCCUUCCUGCGCUGUGAAGAGGAGCGGGAGCAGUUUCUCUACCACCUUCUGUCCCUCAAUGCAGUGGACUACUUCUGCUUCACCAGCGUGUUCACCACCAUCAUGAUCCCCUACAGAUCUGUGAUCAUCCCGAUUAAAAAGCUGAGCAAUGCAAUCAUCACCUCAAACCCUUGGAUCUGUGUGUCAGGAGAGCUGGGAGACACGGGGGUGAUGCAGAUCCCCAAGAACCUCCUUGAGAUGGCUUUCGAGUGUCAGAACCUGGGGAAGCUCACCACUGUGCAGAUCGGGCAUGACAAUUCCGGGCUGCUGACCAAGUGGCUGGUGGACUGCGUCAUGGUCAGAAAUGAAAUCACGGGACACACGUACAGGUUCCCGUGCGGACGCUGGCUGGGGAAGGGCGUGGACGAUGGGAGCCUGGAGAGGAUUCUCAUAGGGGAGCUGACGGCACCAGCAGCAGAGGAGGACCUGGGGAAGCAAUGUCGAACCCCGCCCCAGCAGAAGUCGCCUACCUCAGCCCGGAGGCUGAGCAUCACCUCCCUGACUGGGAAGGCUGCCAGGCCUAAUGCAGGGCAGAUCCAGGAAGGGAUUGGAGAAGCAGUGAACAACAUCGUGAAACAUUUUCACAAGCCUGAGAAAGAGAGGGGGAGCCUCACCGUGUUGCUCUGCGGAGAAAAUGGCCUGGUCUCAGCCCUUGAGCAGGUUUUCCACCACGGCUUCAAGUCAGCCCGCAUCUUUCACAAGAACGUCUUCAUAUGGGACUUCGUGGAGAAAGCGGUUGCUUAUUUUGAAACCACUGACCAGAUUCUAGACAGUGAAGAUGAAGUUCUUAUUCAGAAAUCGUCCUGCAAAACCUUCUGCCACUAUGUAAAUGCUAUUAAUACUGCACCCAGGAACAUUGGGAAGGAUGGCAAAUUCCAGAUUUUAGUUUGCCUUGGAACACGGGACCGCCUGCUCCCACAGUGGAUCCCGCUGCUGGCUGAGUGUCCUGCCAUCACCCGCAUGUAUGAGGAGAGUGCGCUGCUGCGCGACCACAUGGCUGUCAACUCACUCAUUCGGAUCCUGCAGACCAUCCAGGACUUCAGCAUUGUGCUGGAGGGCUCACUCAUCAAAGGCGUGGACGUGUGAAGGAGGAGAGGAAGGCUGGGUGGCAGGGCUUCCCCUGCAGCUGGCUCAGCUGCAGACCAUAGUUGCUUUAAACCUGGAAUUUAGUAUAAAAUAGAGUAUUUUCAUGUGGUAGAUGUGUGUAAAUACGCUAUCUUCUGUAAGAAGUCCUAUGACCCUAAUGAGAUAUUUUCCUUAGAUGGCAUCUCCCUGUGAGUUUAACUGUAUAGUUUGGAGCCAGUUAGGAAGAAGCCAGGGGCGCAGCAGGGGUGUCACAGAGUGGCCCAGCCCCAUAACUUCCAGGUCAUUGCUCCAUGCCUUUCCACUCCUCCCUUCAUGUCACUCUUCCAGCUUUUGCAGCAUUUUCUCAGCCACUCGAGGUAAAGACAGGAAGUACUUUAGCCUCAGGCCUGGAGCUGGGCGUGCUGGAGAGUGCAGGACGGAGUCCCGGGAGGCUGGGUGUACUGUCAGCACUGGAGGAAAGCAGCCCGGCUGCCUCUUGCAGGGCAUCUCCAGUGCAGGUGGCUCACCCACCCUUGCAAGGGAAGGACAAUGGAGGGAGGCGGAGGAGGCCACCCUCUUGGUGACCUGCACUGUUUUUGUGAAAAUUUUGUUGGCUGUGAUAAUGCAAAUCACAAAAGGAGAAGGGAAGAAUGAAUCCUUUCUGGGUGUCUCAGGGUAAGCUUUGUGUCCCUCUGUGGGAAGGGGCAAUAAUGUGAAACAACUGGCCAGGGAAGUUCAAGGCCACUGUGGAACAGCCUGCCUGCAUGGAAGCAAACCAGGAGGCAGCCACCACAUAAGAUCAGCAGUUGUGCAUGACUCUGCAGUCUGGUGGUUUGAUUAGGUCUUGAUUUUGUUUUUUGAGAGAGCGUCCCAAGUUGCCCAAACUGGGCUCGAACUUGCCAUCUUUCUGCUUCAGUCUCUCAGAGUAUUGACCUGCCGACCUGCUUUUCAUGCCUGGGCAGUUUGAUAGUUUAUAAAGAAGCUGAGUGUUAUUAGUUACCUUAACUUUGUCUUCGGGCACGUCUUUGAACUUAUGGGCACUGGCAGAGCAUAAAUGAAAUCACCUCAGCAAAGUGCAUUGUUUACUCUGCUGUGGCUGAGAAGCCAGUGGGGCCCUGGGGGAUUGGAGGUCCUGAGUUUCCACCAGCAGUGUGGUGUAAUGAAGCAGUGGCCCCUCCUCAUCUGCUUGGCCCCGUGGCGCUGAGUCUGGGCAGGCACCUGGAGGAAACAGUGACUGUGUGGUAGUCCAGCCACGCCAGGAAUAGAAGAAUAUGGUGGCGAGCGAAGCCCACUGCCCUGGCUUUGGCUACAGUUACUGAUCGAGGCUGGAGGGGCAAGAGUUCAAGGCAGACUGAGCAGCCCAGGGAGACCUGGUCCCAGAAUUCAGAAAGAAACUGUAGGUACCAAUGCGGGGUCACUCCCGCAGGCUUUCCUGCAGGCCGUGCUUCUGGUCUUCUGCCUUGUCUUCCCAUGGGACAGCCAAAAGGAAACCAUGGGCCACUCCGCCUCCCGCCAACCUGCAGUGCACCACACUCCCUGCAGGGCCUUCUGCAGUCCUUUUAUUCAUCUUCCUGUACAGGUGGGAAAUAACGUCCCCCCACUGUGCACUUGUAAGGACUGAUAAUGCAUUAGAAGUCAUGUCUGCUGUGAAAACUGGGAGCAGAGUUGCAUGUGGGGCCCGUGGGUGACAGCUCAUUCUUUUGAAUACUUCCAGUGGUGGUAAAUCUUAGCCUUUCAAAACAGAUUUAAUACUGGCAAGAGCAUAAAGUGCUUAGGAUCCAAGUCAGAUGCAUAGGAAGAAUGCUGCAACUGGAGUUGGAGUCAUCGAGUGCAGUCAUAAUUUAAUUCUCCUUUGGCUUUAACUAUCUCUAAGCCAAUUCCAGAAUAUUUUGAGCAAGCAAGUAGCAGAACCCUUGAAAAAAGUCUUAUAUCUGCACAAGCUGACUUUUUGAUGGACCAUGCCCACUUAAAGGUAUCCUCUCUGUGGUGUUAAUUUUCCCACUCAUUGUUGCUUUAGAAUCACACUUCAAAGAAGAUAGCCAAAACUCUGCCUGCACUCCCACCUCAUAACCUAACAGUUAAUGCCUAGGAUCAUAAUUAGGGCUGGGGAUUUAGCUUAGUGGCAUAAGUACUUGCCUGGCAAAUGUGAGGUUGUAAGUUUGAUUCCCAGUACCAAAAACAAUAAUAAUAAUAAUAAUUAGGGUUUUUACAUAAACAGCCUCAGAAUGGAGUUGCUGGGCUGGGGUGGAGCUCAGUGACAAGCACCUGUUAACACACCCUGGGUUUCUUCUCCACCACUGCAAAAGUAAAUCCAGUGGUGCUUCGGUCUGUGAACUUGCUUUGUCCUGCAGUUUGGGGGAAGACAGCUGCCUUUGUUUUUAUGUGGGGGAAGAUGGCUGUGGUUGUGUUUGCCACCCAGUGUGGAGUUUGUAAAUGGAAGCAAAGUUUUGCCAAAUGCUUUUGUUUGCAAACCAAAUUGUUUGCAAACAGCAGUGUUCGUGGACCAAGGUAUUUUACUGUACUAAAUCCAUGGCCAAAAACUUAACUCCUCAAGAGUUUAUUCUCUGUGUUUUUCAUAUUCUAAAGCCUGCACUACCAUCCUUUCUGAGUGAUUGAUAGCGUUCCUGUGUCUGGCCUUGGAAGGAGUGGGCAGCAUCAGCACCUUAAGGACGACUAGGGGCAGGGGCAGGUGGAGGGUGGCACUGGAGGAACUGGCUCCAAGGGGCUCCCAGGGUCAAAAGUCAGCCUCCCAGCCAGCAUCUCACUGGUAAUAAGAGUUUGAUACAGGAAAUAAAAAUGUGCAAAGGCUUGGAUUUCCCUCUACAUGUCAUUUUAAAUAUUUCACACAUUUUUAUACCUUUUGUAGCCCUGUGGUGUUUAUUUUAACACAGCUUUUACAAAAUUGUUUUAAUGAAUCUGUCACUAUGUGAAUGAUGUAAGGGAAAUACUGAAUUGUUCAUAUUUCCUUUUUUGGCAAUAAAGCACUGUUGUAUGUAACUAAGUGAAAAAGAGGCUAAGACUAUGCAUAUCAGCUUAUGUGUAGUAUAUUUUGACACCCCAAGAUAUUUUGAAACAUAAGGCAAGGACCCCAGAUCAGGGAUGUAUUUAUUUGACAGCAUUGAGAAUAUAGCUCUUCAUAAUGAAAUAUCUUCUUCUGCUAAGAAUUAAGACUUUUCAAUAGAGUUUUUCAUUUAGAAAACUGAGUAUUUCCUGUGAGGUUUACAGAAACUAGUCUACCCUUUUCAGUGUUGAAAGGACAAUCAGAUCUGUGGUACUGAUGUCUCAGUAUUAAUACACUUCACCGAUAGAGAAGGGCCUUGAGCUCUUUGUCUGUGAAGUGAGCCCUGUUUCUACGUGGUCUACCCGUCUCUUCCAUGAGUAUGCACGUGACCAUUCAGUGUAUGUAGGAGACAGAAAGGAUAGAGAAUGACUGGGUCCCUUAUAAAUCUGUUGAAUCAAACAAUUCCAGGCUCUUUGAAGAGGUGCUGUCGCGUUGCGAUGGAAGGAAUCCAAGGAGGGCUGGGCUGUAGCUCAGGUGUGGAGCACACACUUGGCAUGCAAAAACCGUAACUUCAAGAUCUAAUGCCAGCAUGAAAACAAGUCAUCAAGUCAAGCUUUUCCAGUCUGGAGCAAUCCAGUAUCUCCUCAGGUUGUGUGGGAGGGAAUCAUGCUCAGUCCAGUUAACCGAAUGUACUUGUGUGUUGGAGCCUGUCUUUAUCCUGCACAUCACAUCGCUUUGACAGUAGAGGAGUACAAUAAGGAGUCUGUUACCAGCCAGUAGAGGGUGUGAAGCAGAGAAAGUCCUGUGUUAACACUUGAACCAUGUAUAAAUGUAUCUUGUGUCUUUUUUUAAUUAGCAUUUCUGCAUUUAAAUUAUAUUUUUCCUUUGUAUUGUUAACAGAGUUGUAUCAGAACUGGAUUCUUUUUUCCUCAUGUGAACGUAAUACAAAAUUUCAAGAGUAUUGUGAUAUUAAGCACUUUAACAUAUCAGACAAACCGAUGUAGGUUUUUCAGGUUUUGGAGUACAUUUAAAUAUGACUUUUCAUGCUUUGUUCUUUACAAAUAAAAUUGUGGGAUUGAUA